AGGUAACAAAGACCAGCCUUGAUUCAACGACUCAACAACUUGAAGCUACUCGUGAUAAACUUUCACAACUUGAAAAAAGUGUGGACAGAUCAAAUAGUUUCACUUUAAAUCCAUUCUUGCAUGCAGGAAAGAAAAGUAACAGUGCAAACCGUGCACUGGAUGAAAGAAUGGAAUUGGUUGAGCUUCGAACAUUAGCAGAUUCUCGAUUAAGAGAGUGCAACGAAUCUCAGUAUGAGAAGGCAGAAUUGAAGAAAAAAAUUUAUGAUCUUCAAGAAAAG